GAAAGAUGGAAAGUGGUCCGCCCUCACGCCGGAGGACAAAGAGGAUGUCAAGCGCAAAUCGGUGGUUGAAAACACAGAAGAAGCCCUGAAGACUCUUCAAGGGAAAUUCGACGAAAUGGCCUCGUUGAUGAAGUGGAAAUAUGGGAAUCCAAAGCAUCAGUUGGAGAAAUUCAGGAAGGAAUUAACUGAGUUACUCACGAAGCCUGGUUUCAAUAUCUCUGACUAUGAGGUGAUUGUGAAGGCAUAUUCCUUGAACAUGAACGAAAACACGCCUAUCAUGAAGGAGCGCAAGAUUCUUGUGAACGAGUGGUGUAGGAUCAACUUGUUCGGACAGUCGGAUAACAAUUUUUGGGUGUACGAAGAGGAAAAGAAGGAUGAAGAUAAGGAAGACAAGCCGGAAGAUGCUGACAAGCCGCCAGAGACCAACAGUCCAUCCGAGGAGAAGACAGAAGAGACACCUCCAGGUGUACAGGCGAAAGAGGAGCCCGAGGUCAAGGCAAUCAGACUUCUCGAGGCAAACCCUGGCUCAUCGCAUCUCCGCAUCCGAGCCAACGUGGGGGUGUUCUGCGAGGAGAUGUCGUCGCUGCAGGUUUCGACGGGGACAGUGCUAGAGGCCAAGACGCUGCUCAACGAGUUGACCGCCCUCAAGGACGAGCACCAGGUGCUGAUUCCAAACACGAAGAGCAUGAAUGAGGCCGUCGCAGACUUGAUCAGAGAGGCGACGCCUCAGGUUGACGCCAGCAAGGUCACCGCUGAUGGAGAGCAGGGCCUGGAUUCGGAGAUGUGCCAGGAGCAGGAGCAAGAGCAAGAACAGGUAGUUGACAAGGGUCCAGGUGAUGAACCUGAUGAUCGCACGUUCACCGAUUUCGGGGACACCGUUCAGUGGCAGGUGUCAGACCUUCUCAAGGACGCAGGGAGGAAGAAGCUCUUCAAGGAUGCAGGCACGUUCCAUAGCAUGAAGGACUUCGUGCCCCAGGGUGGCCAGAUCGAUGGCCAUAUUGUUAAGGCCCUGAAAUUUGACGUGAACGUUUAUCUCAGCUCGAACUACGCCGAAAAGAAGCUCAAGCAGGAGGCGACCGACGGCGCGCACAAGCGUCGCUUGCCGAAUGCCGUCCUGCUCCUGUACGUGAAGAACGGAAAAGACGGGUGCUGGGCUAUCUUGAACAUGGCCGAGGCAGAGACGCUGCGCAUGUGGAUGCUCAACACCAGUUCUCGGGGCGGCAGCCCAGCGGGCUCGAUGGGCAUCGUCACCACCCGCGGGGAGUGGCUCACGAAGCCGGUGGAUGACAAGGAGUUGAUCAUCAAGCCGGAGGUGAGGGACCCGCUCCGUGAGGGCAAGGCGCCCCUAAGGGCGGCCGCGCCGCUGGUCUUCUCCAGGUUCUUCAACUGGGAAGUCUACUACGACGAACAGGAGCUGGUGACCCUGGUCACCGUGUUGAAGCCCAUCCCGGACGAGGAGGAGAGGAAACUGUGGCUGCAGGCUGUCCGCCAGGCUCGUCGGCGCGACCGCAAGGAGAUCAAGCAGACGGUGCUGGAGCAGGCCGUCAAGAUCGAAGACCCGAGAAAGUUGGAGUCAGUUCGGCAGGGUAUGAAGGCGCUCCGGAAGUACCUCGAGAAAUACCCCGACACCGAUGCCGCCUUCAAGGAUCUUGACGUCAAUGGCGACCACUUCAUCGACAGGAAGGAAUUCAAGAAGGCGUUCGCCGACAGCACCCUGGACAAGACGCAGCUGAACAGGCUGUUCGACCACUUCGACGCCAGCAAAGACAAGCAGCUCGACUUGCGCGAGUUCCUCCAAGCCCUGUCCCUGAAGGAACUGUCGGUGAAGGACCGUGUCAAGCAGAUGCUCGGCGACCAGAGCGAGGGCCAGAGCAGUGGCAUGAAGAAGGCGACGGGUUUCGAGAGGGACGAUGGGGACGGAACGUGGUGUCGGACAUCCAUCAAGCUGUUGGGUCACAAGGUCAUCGCGACAAGGGCUCGGCGCGGCUUGGGCGCACUGAUCUCCACGAGCCGCGAGGACUUGAACCCAGGGGAGCUCCAGGUCGUCUGUGGUGCAUCUGCGUACUUCAUCGGCGGCUGCGUGAUCUCGUGCGCCGUGGGGGGUGUCGCCACGGUGGCACCGUCUGGCAUCACGGUGCGGCAGAAGGACAGAGUGGCAGUGUUCUUCGAGGUGACCGUGAUGGAAGCACCCCCGGGCUCCACGUGCUCGGUGGGCAUCGCGACGGCCCAGUUUGCCCAGAGCGAGAACGUGCAGCGUGUUGGCGAGGACGCGCAUUCCUGGGGCGUGGGAGGUCUUGGGCGUACGCCCGCGAAGCUGCACGACAGGCACUCCGACAGCUUCGGCUCUCCCGCUUGGUCUCCUGGUACUGUAGUGGGAGUUCUGGUUGAUCUUCAGAAUGAGCAAAAAGCAGCUCUCCGCUUCUUCCUCAACGGAGAGGAGUUGCAGAAGGCAGAGUUCAGCAACAUCCCUCUCGCUGGGGAUGGUGUCGUGGUCCCUGUCUUCACUGUUGAAUACGGGGCAAAGUUGUACGUCAACUGGGGCAACGAGAAGCUGCGAUACAGACCGCCGAGCCUUGAUUCCAGUGUGCUGACGGUGAGCCAACUAGCGAACCUUGAUAUUGAUGGUAAGGUGCGAAAGAGGGACCUGAAGGAAGGUAGCGACAAGCUUGGCAAGAUGCUGUUGGGCGCCGAUCUGAAUAAUCAGGGCUUCAUUAAAAAUUAUGUCAAAUGGGUCGUCCAGGAGGAGUCAGAGGGCUUGUAUUCCGUCCGGCUUGACACGAAGUUUGCUUGGAUGGGUUGUGCCCCGGAGCCUAUAUAUCUUCACGGCAUGCUGCUUACCACGGGGAGGUGGUACUACGAGGUCGAAAUCAGUGAGACGCCAGGAAAUUUCUUCAAGCUGACAGCAGGCUACGCAGACGCGCGAUGCGAUGGGAAACCGAAGGACCAGUAUGGCCACUUCGGUGUGGGCGAGGUGCCUGGCAGCUGGGGAAUGGACGUGGCCGAUACAGAACUCGCUGGCGACGGGAAGCCGGCCUGCUUCCUCCACAUGGAAGGGAACGACUACGAGGCCAAGCAGGGUGAUAUCUACGGCUUCGAGGCCGACAUCGACAACGCUACCAUAGCCAUUCACUACCGCGGCAUCGCCGAGGUGCCGCCAAAGGUGGGCCUGGCGUUCGUGAAGGUCCCCUUCCAGGGUGGCCUGCGGCCCAUCAUCGGAUUCGGCCGAGGGAAC